AUGAAUGAAAGCGAAAGAAGAUGCUAUUUCAGUAAGAGCCCAGCAUCUGAAAUUUCUGAAUAUGUUGGCUGUCCACUGGCUCAUCUGGGACAGAGUGUUUGUGUUUUACAAAUCAGCCUGAUUUUUUCUUUUAUGUCUGACAUCCAUAUUCCCGAUGUGAACCACCCUGGUAAGGCAGAAUGGGGAGAUAAGGGGGGCUUGAAGCACCCCAAUGAGCUAUUCGGGAAGUCCAGAAGGCUGCAAAGCCAGCCAAGUCUUGCCAGGUGGCUGCAGAAAGUCAGCCCCAGUCCUUAUGAUCCUGGAGCUGGAGCACGUCCAUCUAGGCAGUGUGAACCAGAUCCAGGUGGCUGGGCCAAGUCCCUGUGGCUAUCCCUGGGACCAGAAGGUAUCACCAGAGGGAAGCAUGGAUUUAAAUUCCAGGGCAUAAGACAAAAGCUCGUCAUAUCUGAGAAGAAGGAGCUGAAAAUGACUUUUUAA